AUGAGUAUAAACUCAGAUCAGGAGAAUAGAGAAACCAUUUUUGAUGGAUUCCAAAGGAGAAGAGCAGCAAGCCCUGAUGAAUUUCUAAAGCGCUACAAGGCCACAGUCCCACAAAGCUUAGCUGAGCUGAUAGAGAAACAUGUUUCUGUUUUAUAUUACCAUGAAAUUCAAGGGUCGUUGAAGGUUUCUUCAGAAGCAGAAGCUGUGGGUGUGGUUUCUUUGCCUUCCCUUCCAGAGUUGGAGUUCAAUGAUCUGCCAUCGUUCGUGAAUGGUGCAGGGUCAUAUCCAGCUAUUUACGACCUUGUUUUUAGCCGGUUCUCGAAUAUUGAUGAUGCUGAUUGGCUCUUCUGGAACACCUUUAAUGGGCUUGAAGAAGAGGUGGUGAAUUGGAUGGCAAGCAAAUGGCCCAUCAAACCAAUUGGACCAACAAUUCCUUCAAUGUUCUUAGACAAGCGGCUGGAGGAUGAUAAGGAAUAUGGUCUUAGCCUCUUCAAGCCCAAUUCAGAUGCUUGCAUGGAGUGGCUAGACUCGAAGGAACCAGACUCGGUUGUUUACGUGUCAUUUGGGAGCCUGGCAGCCCUUGGAGAAGUACAAAUGGCAGAGUUGGCGUGGGGUCUAAAAAGAAGUAACACCAGCUUCUUAUGGGUAGUAAGAGAACCAGAAAAAGAAAAGCUCCCAAACAACUUCAUAGAGGAGACCAAAGAAAUGGGACUAGUUGUAACAUGGAGUCCUCAAUUGGAAGUCCUGGCUCACAAGUCUGUGGGAUGCUUUAUAACUCAUUGUGGUUGGAACUCAACCCUGGAAGCAUUGAGCCUGGGAGUGCCAAUGGUGGCCAUGCCACAGUGGACAGAUCAGCCAACCAAUGCCAAGUUUGUGAGUGAUAUUUGGAAAGUAGGAAUUAGAGUGAAGGUAGAUGAAGAAGGGAUUGUUACUCAAAAAGAGAUUGAAAGAUGUAUAAGAGAAGUCAUGGAAAGAGAAAUAUCAAAUGAGAUGGUGAAGAAUUCAGAGAAAUGGAAGAAACUAGCUUGCAUGGCUGUAGAUGAUGGUGGAAGCUCCGACAAGAACAUUGAGGAAUUUGUAACAAAACUUGUGUGUAAUUCUAAUAGUUUUAAAGAGUGAAAUAAUUAGUUC